UAUUCUAGUUUUCGCACUACUUUCCCAGCAGUGACGGUGUAGUGACUCGUAGUUAGACGACGUUGAUCCGUGUUCUAUUCGUGUCACACCUCAUUCGAAAUUUUCACGGUGAAGUGAAAAAGUGCUUGACAUUGUGAAUUCGAUUUGAAAAUAUGAUUGUGUCCAUCUCGUUCCGAAGAGAACAACAGCUGCAAUUGAAAUUUUGAAUGUUUACUCAGCGCAGCGUUCUCAGAUGAAAAUUGUGCGUGUCUGGUGAACAGUAAAAAAGAUAAAAGUUAUGUAAUUACAAGCGUGUUACACAUUUGCCUGUGUCAAGACAUUAGGCAGGAUUGUUUAAAGUAAGAACAAAAAACAGAGGCCUAAUACAAACUUACUUUAAUAUAAAAUAUCGCAAAUACAAUUGGAGUCACUUACCCCAGCCGAACCGGGGCACAAAUCGAUAGUUCAACUGAAACAGUGUCAUCGUGUAUUCUGCGUAAUCGUGGAUGUAAUUCUGAUUUCAAACCUGGAACGAGUGUGACAGCAUAGACAAGCGAUAACGAUUCAUUUGCCGGAGAACGCAGAAAUCGUUCUUUGCUCAUCAACAAAAAAAGCAACUACAACUUGCUAGCAAGUUGCAAAGUACCGGAAUUAUUGGUGUCGAGGAACCUCCCAACUGUACGUUAGCACCCUGUGCAAACGUUUAGAGCUGGUCUCUAGUAUCGUCCCACGUGGUGCCAAACGCUCGAAUUGGUGUAGAAACCGUAUUUAGUUCAAACAGUAUAAAAAAGUCGUUCCCCAUCGUUGAUUUUUUCAUCUACGUCCAUGGCAUCGGUUGGAGUUUUUGCUUUCCCGAGUGCUAUCACCAGUAGUAGCGGUAAUAGUACCAAUAAUCCCAUCCCACCUGCUGGCGUCGUAAAACCGGUGGUGACGCCUGUUCCGCCUCCAACGGUUUGUGGUUCAGGAUCCGAUACUCCGCCAGUGCCAGCUGCGGUCCCGGUAACUGUGGUACCAACAUCAAGUACAGCAUCCGGAGCGGUGGUUUCCAACGGUAUGACUAGCAUUGAGACCCCAUUGAUUUCAAUGUCUCCGACUCCGGAAAGCGUUUCUUCAGGAAAACCUGUUCCAACUACCAUCCCGACUUCAACGGCAGGUGGUCCAUUGUUCACUGAUGUAUUCACGUUAGUUGACAGCGUACCGUUUGACGAUCUCGAAUCUGAUUCAAACGGUGCACGUAGUUCUGGAAGCGUUGGUGUACCGGAAUCCACCAACGGUUACCCGUUGGAAAAUGGGUCACUCUCCGAGUGUAUGGAGCAGGAUUGUACCCUUUGCGAGAAUAAAUACGUUUCUCCAAGGGUUUUGUCUUGUCUGCACGUCUUUUGUGAAUCAUGUCUGGACAAACUUCUGGAUGAUGAAGCGAAGAAACUGGAAGGUUUAAUUGAAUGUCCCACAUGCAAGCAACCGACUAAGGUAGGGCCGAAAGGAGUUGGAACUUUACACCAAGAUUAUAUUUUAACUAAUGUCUUGGAUUUGUCAACUAUUGAACCGUCGAUGUUGGCUUGUACAUCGUGCAAGAGCAAAGAAAUGGCUAUCUCACGCUGCAAUGACUGUGCUAACUUUUUGUGUGCCAGCUGUGACAACGCUCAUCGUUAUAUGCGUUGUUUCGAGGAUCAUAAAGUUGUGCAGCUGGAAGAUUUGCGCAAAUCUUCGGAAAAAGUUGCCAUUCAUAAGCCGCUGUAUUGUUCCGUUCAUCCACCAGAAAAUCUGAAGUAUUUUUGUUUCAACUGUCAGAUCCCGGUAUGCAACGAGUGUUUGAUUGGCGAGCACAAGGGUAAAGAACAUAACUACCAAAUAAUCAGUGAAGCAGAAAAGCCAAUGCGUUUGGAACUGGAGAACAUAAUGAAGGAUGCCAAAGCUAAAAUCGAUUACUGCAACCAAACGACAACCAAUUUGGACGCUGCUUUGCAUGAUUUGCAAAACCAGUUCGAAACCGCUCGGGAUUUAAUCAAUGAAUCAUUCCAAAGCUUCAAGGCAGUAUUGGAAAAGUGUCGUGAUAAUGCAUUGAAAAAUCUCGACAAAUUACACUCUGAACGCGAGUUGAAAAUUAUGGAUUUGUUCCAUAAUGUGGAGAAAUCAACCGAGAAAAUUGAAAAUACAGCCAAGUUCACGAAGAAAGUGCUGGAACAAGCAAAUGGACCAGAGCUAUUAAGUUUGAAGAAAAUGAUAUCUUCUCAAUUCAGUAGCUUGAUUGGAUCAACUCCGAAGGUGGACGUAAAUUUCUCGUUUGAAUUUCAAACAAGCUUCGAAAAGUUUGACCAAAUUGCCCCCGAAUUGUUUGGAUCGUUCCAUACGGAAGCCUCCCCGCAAAGCCCAAAAGAGACCACACCGCCACCGUCACUACCAGGAAUGGCUAUAUUAAUCAACAAGCCUCCCGCCAAUAACAGUGGCAGUUGUGGAUUGUCCCAGGGUCCGUUGACAGGAUCCGUCACUGCCAGCAGCCCAAUUUCGUUGCCCACAUCGAUGCAGUCAUCUUUUGACGGUGACAUAUCUAAUCUCGGCGCUAGCUAUAUGCUACCGCAUGUUUUAACACCCGAACCGCCAGUAUCGACUCCCAUUACCAAUAGUCAUAUGGCCGCUGCACCGGCAACCGUCGGGGGUUCUGCCAGUCUGCCCGGCUUAACCAGCAUUGCUGAGUACAAUUUGCAUCGUUUGGCCAAUCUGGCAGAAACAUCAAACGAUAUAACCGAUGCUAUUGUACCGGUCAACAGCAAUCCGACCACAAACUUCACGCUGGCUGAUUUGAUUUCUGGAGACCAAAACGCUUUCCAAGCCCUCGCAAAAUAUGGACUGAAUAAUCCAGAUCUUCAACCCGGAACAAUGAUGCCACCGCAUCCGAACAUGGACAACCUUUCACUGUUGAACGACUUCUCUGGUCUUCCGGGCCCAGCAUCGGCAAUGCUUCAAACAUCCCCAAUGUCUAUCGAUUCAUCUUUGGGAGGAGAUAUGGCUGCCAUGAGUCGAUACCAGGUCAACGGACGCACCAAAGCAACGCCAAUGCAAAUUCGUUGCAAGUUUGGAUCGCUCGGACAGACCAAAGGGCAGUUCAACUCACCUCAUGGAUUCUGUCUCGGAGUAGACGAGGAAAUAGUGGUUGCUGAUACCAACAACCAUCGUAUCGAGAUAUUCGAAAAAACGGGCACAUUCAAGUUUUCAUUCGGCGUUCCGGGAAAGGAAGAAGGACAGCUGUUCUACCCGCGCAAGGUGGCUGUGAUGCGUUCGAGUGCCAAGUUUGUGGUUUGUGAUCGUGGAAAUGAGCGCUCUCGAAUGCAAAUUUUCUCUAAAAAUGGUCAUUUCAUCAAAAAGAUUGCGAUUCGCUACAUUGAUAUAGUCGCCGGUUUGGCUGUGACGAACAAAGGUUUAAUCGUGGCGGUUGAUAGCGUUUCGCCGACAGUUUUUAUUAUUUCGGAGGAUGGAAAUUUAAUUCAUUGGUUUGACUGUAGUGAUUUUAUGAGAGAACCAUCAGACAUAGCAAUAAAUGGUUCCGAUUUCUACGUGUGCGAUUUUAAAGGACACUGUGUAGCAGUUUUCUCCGAAGAUGGUACGUUCAAAUAUCGUAUCGGGAGUGAGAAAGUAACCUGCUUCCCGAAUGGUAUCGACAUUUCCGACGCUGGUGAUGUUCUGAUUGGUGAUUCGCAUGGAAACCGCUUCCAUGUGGCCUGCUACUCCAAGGAUGGACAAUUGCAAUCGGAAUAUGAGUGUCCAUAUGUUAAGGUUUCACGUUGCUGUGGCCUUAAGAUAACAUCAGAAGGGUACGUCGUAACUCUGGCUAAAAACAACCAUCACGUUUUAGUGCUCAACACACUUUACAUUCAGUGAUUGACCGCCGGAGCAAGAAUUCUGAAGCCGAAUCGUUAGAUUGCAACAAGGUAAGUGCGUUGCUAUGGUUCGGUCCUAGAAGUGUGCAGGAAUACGUGAGUACCCCACAACCCUUUCUUCACAUCAUUGCUGUGUAACCGACAGCAAACAGUACAUAGCUGAAAGCUAUGACCGUAAAUAUUCGUACGCUUUACAAAACACAUUGUCAAGUCAUCAUGACACACCGGCUGGAAUCAUCGGACCGUUUACGGCUUCGCUUUUACAGUACAGUGCGAGUACCUCAGAUCGUAUGAUAGAAGCUAAGUAACGGUUGGUGUGCUUGGCAGGAUUCGUGUGAAAAACAUCCCUUCGAAAACUUCUUUUUAAAAGAGAGGAAAAACGAAAGAUAUUAUGUUGUUUUACCAAUAUUCUUACUAUUUUAAUUUUUCCUUUUAUUAACGCUAUUUACAAUUUUAUUCGUAAUAUUAUACUAUUUUAAACGAUAUUUAUUAUCCAAAACUGAGAAAAAUGAAUGAUCUCCAAUAUUAUUUUACAACAAGAAUCGCGAGAUAAUGUUUUAUUUUGUUUUAUACGCGAAGCGGCAAAAAUUCAGGCUAGGAAAGAGAGAAAAAAAAGCGAAAUUGGUCAAGCGAAUAUCGAUGCACUUUCAUUGUAUAAGAUUUUUCUUCCGUAUAGGAAACAGAAGAGUGUGAGUGUGGGUAGGGCAAGUUUUAUUUUACUACGUUAGGAAGGCGCGCGUAUUUAUAGCAAAUAAGCUGAAUCGAAGUAAAUGGGUAGUGCGAACACGAAGAGAAAUCUACAAAAAAAAAAACGAAAAUCAAACCUUUCGAAUAUGUAAAUAUUUUUAUCAACUAUUAUACACAACAAAAGAAUUAAUGUUUAAUUGUAGGCGUGAUUUCUUCAAAGAAAAACACAUAAGAGCGAAGUAGAGAAAAGAACAAACAAAUUUACACCAGAAAAGCAUAUUUUACAUAGAAGUUAUAUGCAUACAUACACUUGUAGAGUCGCCAUAAUUUCGCAAACUAAUUUUCACGUUCAUUUUGUUACAUUCAGGAGAAAAAACUAAAAAAAAAGUUGUGUUAUAGAUUUUUAGGUAUAUUUUAGGUUCACCUAUAAGCUUGUGUUUUUCAUAUUUUACGAUGUAAUGAUUUGUUUAGUACUCGGGAACUGAUCCGUUAGACUUCUUUUAGCUAGUUUUUAGGAAGAGAAAACGAAAGCGACGUUUCCUGUGACCUGUUGAUGUUCACCUAUGUUAUUUUUUGUUCACUCGCGGAGGCAUACAAUGUUAUUUUUAAUAUUACAAUUAUAUUCAGAAGAAAAAGAAAAACAAAACAAAACGAAGCCGAUAACUUCUUAUUGAUGGUUCCACAGUAUUUUAGUUCCCAUGAUAUUUGUAUGUUUUCAGUUAUAUUCCCAUCAUUUUUGGAAUUUGAUCCUUGAAUUACCAAUAUUUUUACUUUUAACUAAAUAACGACUAAAUCAUAUGCAGCAUCCACACAAAAAAGCUCAGUUUAGUUUCGGAUUUGUUUCUCUAAUUGUUGCAACCGAUGCAAUUAGAAUCUGUCAAUUGAUCCAAGAUGUCUAAAACAUUUGUUUUUCAAUCGUACCUUGAUAUGUGGAAUUAUGGGCAAAUACUGAUUAAAAGUAGUAAAAUUUGUUUCUCCAUGGCAGACACCCACUCGCAUUCUCACGUUUUUUGCUAUUAUCCCGGGUAGACAGUCCAAUGCGUAGGGCGCUUGCCUUACAAGCCAAUUGUCGUAUGUUCAAUCUCCGACCUGGCACGAUUCUUAGUGUCAGUAGGAUCGUAGCGCCAGCCAAGCAAGCAAGCAAUGGAAUCGGCUGCGAAUUUCUGUUAAAAUAGAAGGUCAAAUUCCCCAAAAGGAAUGUUAUACCAAGGCUUUCUUUCGUUCCUUUACUUUUACAAGAUAGGAGCCUAAUCGAACUGACCAAUUCCGUAGCCAAUCGAGUAUGGUGUCACAUAGUUGAACUUCAUUUUAUAAAUAGAACAACGUACAAUUCAUUUCAGUAUUUAUUAAAAAAAAAUAAAACAAAUUCUAGUGACAACAGGAUUUGCUCUACAGUACUUCAAAAAUUACUACGAUUACUAAUUUUCUUAUGUAUCACGUUAAUGAUGUUAUUGAUAGAAUGUUUGAAUCGUCUUGAACCAUAACAAUUUUCUUUGCCGUUUACGUUUUCGUUGCCACAUUGCUGACUCUGAUAAGUCAAUCAAAACAAAGAAGAUAUUCUCAAUUCCAAUGCCCGGAGCUACUAGAAUUGAGAAUGCACCAGAUAUCUUUUAAUUUUUCCAAAGAAUAGGAAAUUUUUAUCGAGAUUCGAGAAAAGAUCUGGGAGGGUACUGCCGGUUGGAAAGCCUAAAACUUUUGGUGUGAGUAGUGUGUAGACAUCAUGGAUCAAAUGGUAACUCUGAAAAUGUGGUCAUUGCAAAUGAGUGAUUCAGGGAUUUUUCGAUACUAUUGCUAUAGAUUUUUGUUCUAAUCUUCUAAUAGCAAAAAAGGUGAAUUAUUUUUUCUUUUCUAAAACUCCUUUCUGUUUACUAGUAAACGAUAAAAAAGUGUACUCUUGAAGAGACUACUCUAGUUAUUGAAAAUUCCGGUUAUCUAAUCAUUAGUUUAGUUCAAUAUUUUCUUUCUACAUUAAGUCGCGUUAGGUGAUAUACUAGAAUAGGUUAUAUUUUCAGAACACACCCAGGUAGAACAGGUAUUGGGGGAUAGAGAAACGUGCGAAUACACAAACUGUGAGACAAAAUUUGAAUCUCUGCCGAUGUGUGAACAACGUACAGCCUAACAGACACCGCUAAUAUACCGUCUUGUAGAAGAAGCUUAUUGUUUACAGUGCAAGUUACUAAUGCAAUAUAAUGAUGCCAUAUUUAAACAGUAAUACUACUAGAUUUAAAUCAAAGUUGUACUUUUCUCUAUCCCAGUUGUGCACAGCAUCAAUGUUUAUUUGUUUGCAGGAUAAACAUUCUUUUUUUCAUUUAAUUUUCAUUCCAUUUUUUAACACUUAUCUUCGCCCUGUCAUUAGUCAUUGGUUGAUGACUAAUUCAUCAUUUUUCAUUGUUCAUAAAUUAAAUGUAUAUAUCCACAUUUGGAGGAACAAACGGCUAAGUUUUUUCUCCUUUUUAACAAAUUAGUUUUAAAAUCGGUACUUCUUCCGCCAUUGUUUACUUGUCAGAUAUUUUUAUAAUAACAUUGUUCACAGAACACGCUCAAUUUUAUUUUGUUUUAUUUUGUUAGAAAUACACUAUCUUUUAGUUCCAAACUGAGGGAGGAAUCUGUGCUUGGCAUUGUAACGAUACUACAUUUGAUUAGAAAUGCUUGUUUUUCUAGUCACGUGACGUGACAGUGAAACAUGCAAAUAUUACGUACAAGCAGCAGCUUUUUCUCUCGGCUUUCGCCGAUCAUAUCGACCAUCAUCGGUGAUUUGUGGAAGAAUACAAUAUUCUAAUUAUUAGGUUGCACGCUUAUAAAAAUUUUACUGCAUUUAGAGUUCUAUGUUAACAAAACGAACGAAUCUAACACACAACAUCCGCAAGAAAAGACAACCACACUGAUAAGUGACAAAACUAAUUGAGAAUGAAUAGUUGAAAACAACCCAAAGUUAAUAUUGCGUAUUUAGGAAGAUAUUUUUUGCCUUAUAUUUUACAUUUUGCGUCAUUAGUAGUAAUACAUUUAUUCAUUGUAAAUAGGAGCAGGAAAGAACAAUGGUAGUUGUUUAAUGUCCUUUUUUACAUUAAUCGAAUUAUCAGAUGAAACUCUAGGCAUUGUUGGUCAAGCAAUUUUACCAAAAGAAACAUGAAAAAAAAACUGAAUGCAUUGUUGAAUAUAUAUUUUUGUAAGAGAUUGUAAUGUAAAUUGCGGCAGAAUUUUUAGUCACCAGACCAACAGACGAUUAAAAAAUGCAAUCGCAAAUCGUGUUCAAAAAAUAUGUUGACACUUGGUUUCAAUGCAACCGUCACGCGAGGAAUCAAUUUAACGAAGCAGUGACAGUUCCGAUAUGUUGCUCAGUUCAUUGUUAAUCUCGCUUCUAAUGUCCCGGAUUUUAAUUUGAAAAUUUAUUUUUCAAUCUUCAACUUUCGUUGUAUAAAAACUAACUUUCUGGUUUGCUAAGUAUUUUUUCUAUGUCUAUUUUUGAACAUUUCCAGCAAGUUUAAGAACAUAUCGUUAACUGUCAAUGCUUGCCGUCUUAAUGAAAACUAUUACGGAGGUCUAUCCAUGCAACUACUAAAAAAUGUCACUGCGGAACAUGAUAACUUUUCUUACACACAAUAUGAUGGGAUAAAACGAUUGAGCUUCGUGUUGACCAAUGAGAUAGAAACAGGUGUGACAAACAUUACUGAAAUUAACUUUGCUUUACGUGCUUGCUUUCGCGCCCCGUUUUAGCUGACAUUGGAUCAAAGCAUGUUUAUUUUACAUGUAUGUAUGUCGUCACACCGAACUGUUUUUGGACAGCUAGUCAUGUGGUUGGUAUGCAUCACCUGUUUAAACCACAUUGCUUGUUGAUGGUAUCCAUUUUGCUACCAUGAUCAAUCUUCGUUAAUGGCGCAACGAUUUCGCGACCUACCGCCGAAACUAAGCUCAACUGACCAAACAGAUAAUAGGUAGGCUUUCGGUUAUGGCUAAAAGGUGUUCAUUUUUAACAUUUUUAAAAGCUCUAUACAAAUAUAGUGAAUUGUAAGUUUUUUUUUGACAAGACAGAGAUGAUGUUAUGCGUUAGUGUCUUUCCUAUCAGAAUCAGUGCCGUAAAAUUUUAUUUCAUUUCAUUUAAUUGAAAUCGAUUUUACACAGCCGAUCAGUUGACUAUACUUCAUACACCGCUCACUGACAUGCUGUUGGAAAACACUCAGUUCUUCAUCCGUUGCACCGUCAAUUGAAACUCAGUUAAACCGACGUCAGUUUCUCUCUAGAAAUAACAAACAUCUCUUUCAAGUGAAUGAGCGAGCGCCUAUCAAAUGGGCUCCUGGUGAAUAUUCAGUUGGUUCAAGACAAUAAACGAACGGUAAACACGGUUAAUCACAGAAUGUAACUAAAUUUAUUGCUUCUUGUCAGUCUAAUACUUUGAAAUACAUCUCAAUGCAUACCAAAAAUUCUAAAAUCAUUCAUUUACACUUGCUGGCGAUAACUGUGAACCUAAAUGGAAAGCAUUAUAUUUUGUUUAUUGUACCGGUCGGAAUAAUUUUCUGUUAUCGAGCUGAUGUUUUUCUGUCUAUUUAUUCGAACUUGUUCACUGUUGGCGGCUGAGACAGAGAAACAGAUGGGUUCAUUCGUUCUUGAAACGGAGCUAGCGAAAUUUCUAAUGACUAUGUAUGGUUAUUCAUUUGACAAUGAAUCCAGUGGAUCUCAUUUGACUAUGACCACAAAAGUCAAUUGAAUGAUUUGGAAUACACUGACAGUCAAAGGCCAGAAAUUUCAUUUUCAUCUCAAUAAUUUUAUUCGAAAAUGAAUUUUACCGCACUGAUCAAAAUAAACGUCUCUUCGAAAACAUAUGAAAAAUCAUUUUUUGAGGAAAGUGUUACUUCAUUACUUUACACAAAGUCAUCGUAAAGUUUCGCUAAACAAACACGCAGAAUGUGGCUUGCGCGGUUCAAAAAUAGGUAAUUUUGACUUGGAACGCAAGGGCCGUCCGGACAACAGAAAAAAAACUAGGUAACCAGUAAGCACUAAUAAUCGCAUUGAAAUAGCCUUUUAUGAGCACCAAAAAUGCUUAUGGCACUAUAUCUGCAAUCUGAAAGCUCAUUUGUUGUAAAUCAAUCAGAAUUAAACUUUCAUAAUGCACACUAGCCAUAAACAAGCAUUAUCUAAUUGUGUCAAGUGCGAUUGUAAUUGUAAUGCCAAUUAGCGAUUAUUUUCUGUCAUAAUGCGGUAUUAGUAUGUGCUUUUUGGUUACCGGGGAAUUCGAUGAUCAAGAUUUAGCGACGUUGCUCGAUGGAGAACCUUGCUAAACACUUCUUAAGUUGUCCACAUCACUUGGUGUCUAUUUUUCGACGGUCGGAAAACCCCUCAAAGCCAUGGGAAUGGCAAAAUAUAACGAUCUUGACGGCUAGUAAGUAAUUUUGCUUUAUGACUAUGCAAGACUUCAUGUUUUGAAAGUCGUGGAAACUUAUUUGAAAAUGCUGAAAUGAGAAGUUUUGCCGCAACACCAUAUUGACCAGACAUUGCGCCAUCCGAUUAUGAUUUAUUCCGAUCCAUGGAAAACGAAAUGAUAAAAAAUUGAUCAGUUUACUAAUCGAAUCUAAAAAAAUGAGUACCCAGAAAGAUGAUGAAUGUAGUACAUAACUAUAAACAAUACUUUGAAUAACUCUUAUGAUUUCUCUCUUCUGCUGCACGCAUUUUUUUCAUGGUUCGCAAAUCCAUAUGUGGACGAAUUUUACCUGGUUUUCUACUGAACGUCAGUUUGGCAGAUCUCUGUGUGGUUUUCGUUCUGCAAGCCCAGCCAACCUAAGUGUUUUCUUUUUUGCGGCCUCUCGGCUUUAGCUUAUUGUCUGUAUACUGCCCAUACCCAUAUUUCAUCCCCAUACGUUGAAUUGGUGAAUUGAAAGGAUUUAGACACGUGUAACGGUAUUCUGUUUAAAUUCAGUGUAUGAGUUUAGCAGCUGCCAAAUAAAAUCGGCGUGCAAAAAUCCAAUCUACAUAAAAAUUUUAAACCUCUUUAUUUUGUGUCCUUGACUUUACAUCUGUUAGAGUCAAAAUCAUGCAUUUUAGUUUACAUGUACUAUCCUGUACAUUUGGUAAGCUUUUUAUAUUAUUCUUAACACUUACAAUUUUACCCAUCAAGCUACUUCAAAAAUGGCGACAGUCGAUAUAGGACUGGUAGACAGAAAACAGUUUUCUACUAAUGAGAUACGGAAGACUUUGAUUUUUUUUAAAUUGUAUGAAAUUUUGUCGACUUGUAAGAUUACUACUUACGUAGGACUUAGAUUUGGCGGGGCAUCGUCAGAAUCGUUUGUAUGGUCUACCGACACGGAACGUCAUGUUCCGCAGUGAAGAUGUGUUACUGUUUUCCUGUGAAACACAAAAAUAUUUGCCGAAAAUCUGUAUUUAUGUCAAACAUCACUUGCAAAACUGAUUCCCGACCUAUCGUAAUCGGUUCAAAUGGAUAUCACAAAUGACGUAUUCUAUUCAGCGUGACUAUUUUACAUUGCGAACAGCCAAAAGACCUAUAGUUGUACAACAUUCAAAUGAAACAGAACAACAGUGCCAUGUUUUAAACACAUAUAUUUAACAUAUAUACUUUUAUUUCUACAAAUUUCUUGACCACAUAUUUUAUCGAAAGUUUAAUUUUACAACAAAAGCGUGUGAGAAUAAGCUAAAACAUUAAAGUAAAAGCCAGAAAUUCAUGAAACAACGCAAAAUAAAAUUUACUGCGAAAUCAAGUCAAAACUAUAAAUUCGCAAUAGUAUUGUUACUUCAUUUAUUGAGUUGAAGUUUUUUCAUAUAUACAAAAUACAAAUUUUUAUCAUCUCUUGAUAAGCAAUCAUGUUUGGCUGUAGUGUUCCUUAAUUGAUAUAGUCUCAUUAUUUAAGAGUUUUUUUCUUCGAAAAACGUAGUGUAGUAAGUUCCAAAACUAGUAUUUACAUUUACAAAAUGUGCGCGGAUGUGUAGAGUGGUAUGUUAGAGUGUAUGUAGCAUAUAGAUGGUUAGCAAUGGACAAGUGUUUGUCGUAGAUAGGUUUCAUUGUUCGCAUUUUAUUUUCUGAAUAAAAAAAAACGAAAGUAAAACGAUGUAUAUGUCAAGUAUUUAUUACAUUAACAGAGUGGAAAACGUGGAUUGUAUAGAAUCGACCACUUCUUGGUGUCCGAAUAUGGUUUUAAGAGUGUUUUUUCGGAAAGUUAGGUGAAUUUUCAUGCUGAUUUGGACACUAAUCGAAAAUAUACUUGUAUAUGUGAAACACUAUCAAAAAUCUUACCGCGAAAGUAGGUAUUUGAUGUGCUGUGACAAAUUGAAAGGUAUAUUAUAUUUAUUUGUAUCCUAUUUCAGAUAUUUCAUAAGUCAAUUAUUGCUAGGGCAUGCAGGUUUGUUUGGAAACGCAACGCAUGGUUUUGAUUGAAAUGAUCACAAUAGUAACGUCAACUCAAUGACAUUGGCUCGAUACUCGUUUGUUGCGUAAGUUCCAGACCCGCUUCUCUGCAUCAGUGAGUCACAAAAUUGUUUCUUUUCUAAGCAUAUUUUUUCUUAUAAUAAUAGUCUACAGUAGAUUAUAUCAAGUUGCACCGAAAAAAACGGCUUAUAAUUCAGCUUUUCUUGAUAACUAUUACCUUCUACGUUGGAACUUACUGCUAGCCUAAUCAAUGAGAAUCGAGGUAGUGUCAAUGAGGGUAAUACAUCUUUCACUGAAAAAAAAUUGAAUACCAUUGGCGCAAUGAUUAGUUUCAAAUCCCAAUAAUUCUUGUAAAAUAUUUAUCAAUGUGAAUCAAAGAAAAUAAAUGCUCACUUUUAUACAUUUUUAUACAAAGCAGCAACUGAAAGUUUAUAGUAAAAUGCAAAUAUAUACCUAAAACUUGCAGUACAGUUCACAAAAUUGACCUCAUCGCAAUAUUUGUUCCAUUCAAUUCAGUUUAGUCAGUCGAAUUCAAGAUAUGAGUUGUUUGAUUACUUAGAGAUGAUCUAGUUUAGGAUUGGUUUGAGAUGCAUUUAUCAGUAUAAUCUUUUGUUUACAUAAUUUCUAAUACAAGAAACAAAAAUACAGUUUUCACGAAAGUAUUGUGAUAAAAUUGUUUCACAGUUUUUUUUUAUUUGCUUUCUGAGUAAUUUGAAUUUACAAAAAAAAACCAGUCAUACUUGAUUAGUGUUCCUCGACAUACCACACUCUGUAGAACAGACAUGUACAAAGUUAUAUUUAUAUAACAAAGGUAGACAAAAUAUUUAAACAGAAACAAAACAGUUUAUAUCCCAGUCGUCACCUAUAUUUUACUACAACAUGAAUUGAAUCACACAAAUUACAAUAAAAAUACCUUUUCUCAUACGACGAAUAUACUAUUACUAAACACAAGACAACUAUUUACAUAUGAUUAUGAAUUGCUCUUAGAUAUCUACAGGAGGCAAUUACGCAACAUAUACGUGAAAGAUAUUUUUCGCAAAACCAACAUUAGUUGGCGCGUCAAAAAAACAAAUGUCUUAAAAAUAACCUUAUAUAUUUACAAAAUGGGCUAAACAAAAAAAAAAACAAUAGGAAGUACCGGAAAUAACGCGCCAUUUCAAAUCUAGAGUCAACCAAUAUCAACACAAAUUGUCCGAGAAAUACAUUUGCACGUUUUGUCUACCUAUUGUGAAAGUCAUAGUUUUAUGCGAUUGCUGGAAAUUUUCAACACAUUUUAUUCAUAUGCCAAUUAGCGAGCCGGUACGAUCAAACAUUACAAACGCCUUGUAAAAAUCAUAGGAAGUCUUUUUUGUUUUUAUAACUGGUUACAUGAGUUUUUGGCAAACAUUAUUUGGCGCAUACCGAAAAAUCAUGGUUGGAGUUCACUGUACUCUGAAAGCAAUGAUAUUUACUAUUACCUUUACCUAUAAAAUGUUUGUUAUUUCUCAUUCCAUCCAUAAAAUAAAGUGAAAUCGCAAAAUAGAAACAGGAAGCAAACCUAAAGCAGAGAGAUGUGAAAUAAACGAAAAUAAAUGCAGACCACAAAGAGUAGUAGCAUGGAAAGAAAGACGCAAGUAGAUCAGCAGAAGAAAUAUUUUAGCUUGACCAUAUAUAGAAUGAGAAAGAUAUCUGUAAAAAUGUUCCCGCCUUAUUUUUUAUAAACAACAGUGAUGAUAUAUUUACUACUUUUACACUUUUGUCAACGAGUAACAUUUUAUAGUGGUUUAUGCGUUUUUAUUAGAAGUUUAACUUUUUUCAUAGUACUGGAGUGCCUAUUGCACAAUUUUAAAUAAUUGUUUUUUUUUUGCUUUUUUACUUUUAAAUUAUACACGCGUAUAUACAUAGUGAAGAAAAAUAGAAGUAUACAAUCAUUUCGAGCAAAUAAAGUUUACAUUUUAUUUACUUUUACCGCUUUUUCUUUUGUUUAGUUAAGUUUUGUUUCCUUAAGCCCUUUUCAUUGAGUUUUGUUAAGAAUUAGAACGCUAGCUAAAAUUGUUGAAGUCUGUAGUUCUGAACGUCCUCGAUCUACAUCUUAGUCAUCGAAAAUGCAAAAAAAUAUCACAUAUUAGCGUAUCAGCUUAUGCAUUUCCUGUUUUCUGUUCUCCCCUUAAUUGGUUGAAAUCAGCGUGUACUAUUGUCACUGUCUCGAUCAAAUCUAUUCGUUUUUUUUUCGACAAAAGGGCCUUACUACAAAUGACAUCCUCCUUGUUUAAUUUUUCUUUUGAUUAUUACGUAGCCAUUACUGCAAUUUCUAGAAAGUUUCCAAUACUCAUCGAAAGCUUGUGUUUUUAACUUGAACGUUUUGCGAAGAUUAAGGCGUCAAAUAUAAAAUCAAUCCGGUAAAAAAAAAAAGGAAACAAAGAGAAACUGUCAUUUAUAGUUAGGCGCUUUUGUAGUGGGACUAUCGAAUUGCUAGACUCUAGAGUUUAUUACGAAACCGAGAUGUGCAAGUGAGUAUGAUAAAUCGUUGUACUCAAUGGCCGAGUGCUUUGUAGCUCGUCUGUAUUUGUUCUAAAGCGUAACGUAAAUCGUAAUGGUCUUGCUGUUUGGUGAUGCACAUAUGGGUUCAAUUACGCGUCAUCUUGUCAAUACCAGUGGCGUCUCGUGGCAAAAUUUACGGGUUGUGCACUGAUUAUAUCACAUGUAACAGUUCGUUGUAAGUGAAAACGAAAGAUUGAGGAGUUGAUAUUCGCUUGUGUUUUGAAUGAAAUGUCGACAAACUUUUGGAUGGGAUUUUUUUAUUAAACAUAUUUAGUAUCAUCGGUACAGUAGGAAAAAUCCACGCACUGCACUUCGAGCAAAUCGGUCAAUAAUGUCAUCAGUAAAAUCGCUUCGACGUUGCAACUGAGACGGCCAAGGAUGCCAGAUGAUUUUUUUAAUCUGUGAAGAUUCCGCCACUUUGAAAAGCUCUGUAGGACACUGUAUUUCCUAGCAGUUCGAAGACUUUUAGGAAAAAGCAAAGUCCUGGCAUUACAUUCCUGUGGUGGAAUUUGGACUUUCUGUUUCAACAGACUUCGCAGCCGAUUCUUAGUGUACAGAAUCAUUGCAUGGCUAGUACUAUGGAUUCUACUGACACUAAGAAUCCUUCCAAGUCGGGGCUCGAACAGACGAGCUCAUUGUAAAUCUGUGAUUCAUCUGUGCGGCAUAUUCAGAAUCAGGACAACUCAGAUUAAUCUGUGAACCUGGCAGCUCUGAAAACAGCAAUUUGUUUUCAACUACCAUAAGCAUUAGCCACUGGAGCCUCUUCUGAAGAUGUCCAUACAAGUUUUUACAGAGCCAAACGUGACAGUGAGAACAAGAAAUUUCAGUUAAUUGUUUCAAUUACACCGGUUGUGUAGUGCACGAGGUGUACAUAAGGACGAGACGCCACUGGUCAAUACAUAAAUGCAUAAAGUUUUGGAUAGCACAUGAAAAAUCCAAACAGUAAAGCAACAUAUCGUUAUUGAGUUGAUAUACUUGGUGUAUGGCAGCCCUACUCUUACGUAUUAAAGGGUCCGAGCAGACCCUGUCAGCUUGGAGCGAAAUCAAUCUUCACUUCAGCAACGCCAUCGCACGGUAUCACAUUCAACACACGGUCAUUAGGCAUCUGUCAAUUGUCAUAAAAGUCAUUUGGCAUACACACCAUUUGUCAUACGGUCAUUUAGCAUAUGGGUAGAGACCAGACAAACAAGUAGGUUACGGAUGAAUAGGCUUUCACCAACAGUUACCAAUCGAUGCUAAAACUCCCCUCGAUUUUUCAUCGGUAUGGUCAAAUACCCUUCCGAAGUGCGCUCACGUUCAUGUUUUCAACCCGAACCCAACAUGCGAGGCACCCAGCAGCAUUUUUUUUUCGUUGCAUAGUCACAAAUCACACUCGAAGCAGCUAUUUCACGAUGUAAUCUGAAGGAGAACAAGUCCCAUUAUAUUUAUCCAACUUUUCUCAGGUUUCCUUCGACGGGUUGCCUCUUAGAAAUAAUGAUAUCAUACAACAUGUUUCUUUUAUAAUCAUCAUGCAAAAAUGGUACAGUUGUUUUGAUGUGCGAUAACACGUAAGCUGUGAGGAAUAAAGACAGCCAAAGAAAAUGAAAAUUAUCUUGAAGUACGAAUAAUUAUAAUAAAAAAACAUCGAUUGAACUAUCAACUGCAUCCAAUGCACAACAAAACCUAAGACGACCCUCUCAACACAAGCAACAACAGCGACUAAGAAAUUUUCGGAAGAAAACACAAUCAGUGAAUCAAUUGCCCCUCACUCUUUGUUGCAUAUUAAUGAGAAUGGAUUACAUGGAAGUUUCGCAUUGAACCAUUUUUUUAAUCAAAUAAUAUAGCGCAAUCUAAUUUGGCUCUUCUCAGCCGAUAUGAUUUAGAGCCGUGUCGAAUAAUAAAUGAAAAUAGUGUGUAAUAGUUCUUUUUUUUUCAAUAAUAUAAUAGUUUCAAGAACAGUGGAAAAUACAACGGAAUACAAAUGGCGAUAAUUUCAGUUGCCUUUUAUCCUCAAGUUUAAACUGUGGAAGACGAACGCAUGACUUCUGGUACUGACUUCUGCCUCGAUCGCUGUCUUUUUUCCGGGUUAGAAUUAAAGCUAGUCUUAUGUUCGAACUACGACCUUGAAGUUUCUUAGUAGUCAGUAAGAUCGUAACACUAGCUAUGUAAUGGUAUGUCUGUACACGUAAGAAUCGGCCGCGAAAAACUGUUGAAACACAAUGAUCAAGUUCUAAAAAGAAAUGUAAUGCGGUGCUCACCGACUACAAAUUAUCAAUCAUUUGAAUUAUGCGUUGGCCAAAAAAUGAUAUUGAACGUCAUGAAGACAUGACAUGGUAAGCUACAACGCGUCGUCUUUGACCACUAAACUAGGGAAAUAAACAUUGAAAGAACUCCCGUCGUACGCUCCAAACCUUGCCCUGGUCAAUUAUUUCAAGUUCAGAGCAGCGGUUCCUCAAUAUUGAAAAACUUGUCAAAUGGUUUUUCUCGAAAAAAAAAAAAAACGUUACUGCUGUUACAAGUACAACUCGUUUACAACAAACCCAUUUCUUACCUUUUCACUACAAUAUUUUAACGCCACGUGCUAACGGCUGAAUAAUAAAUCCUUCAUGUUUGGUAUUAAUUGAUGACAUCCCGGUAGAUUUAAUAAUAACAUUGGAUAGAUUGAACAGAUUCAUGAGGAAUGACAAUUUAAUUUGACUUGUUUCAUACCGCUAAGUGCACGUUGAUAUAUAUUCAUUUAUUCCUGUUAUUUUGUGUAUCCUCUAUUGCAUUAUUUGUGUUAAUAGCCACUUAUAUUUGCCAAUUAGGAAGAUAAUUUAGUUCUGCAAAAAAUACACUCACGGACACACUAAAUGUCUUCCCGAACCCGUAAUUAAAAUUGUAUAGUAUACAAAAUAACCAUCGUAUGCUUUACUAGAACAGUGAGAAGUAUUGGAAACAUUUCAAGAUGACGUAAAUGUGAACCAUGAAAAGUAAUCACGAAUAAAAGAUAUUUCGAAUUCUUUGCAAAAGAAUCGCCAGCUUGGUUCCAUUCAAAUCAAAAUUGAAUAUUCUCUCUCUCCCUCUUUCUCUCUGGAAAAAAUGUUCCACUUUCACACUUCUCAUUGUUAAAUUGAAUCGCACUGUAAAAAUGUUUAGAAAGAACUGAUUUUUCGGAAAAUGAAACAUUUGAAAUUUAAUAAAACUUUAGAUAAGACAAUAUAUUAUGAUAAACCAAGGAAAAACAAAUUGAGCAAAUUUAAUUCUUUUUGCUGGCAUUAUACAAAAGUAACAAUGAACAAUAUUUAUACUAAUAUAUAAAUGGAAAUAAUAAAGUCAUUAGGCGUUCAUUUAUCCUGUUUCCGCAUGUUGCAAGACUUUUAGGAUCCUAAGGUUUACACAAGUUGCAAUUUUUGGUCACACUUGUAGUCCGUCAAAAAACUUAUUGUCCGUCAUGAUUAUUUUUUUUAAAUUAUUCUAUUUUUAUGUUUAGUGCCAUAAUAUGGAUAAUAUUCAGUAUUGUAUAAUCGAUGAUAGUGAACAAGUCUUUUUCUAUUGGAAACAUUUUUACAAAUAGAGUUAGAUUAUUUGUUUUAUUGAGAACUACGAUUUACAUGAGGCUUCGCACCGGACAUAAAACUAAUGUAAGUACGAAAGUUUCUUUCGAGUGAAAGUCGCUUCUUCUCCCUCAAAUAACAUAAUCCAAACCAAUGCUGUAAUUGUAGCUGGUUAAAACAAAUGUGAAACAAAUGAAAAAAAAAACAUACUAGUGUAGUGAAGUCAUAUGGCAACUUUUUUAGGAAGCACUUUAUAUAUUAUAGUCAUAUACACACCAAGGAUAUGUACAUUUUACAAUUACAAUUAAAGUGACAAAGCAGCCGCUUUAUAAUGUAUUUGUAUCUUGUUUUAUAAUUCCAUUUUAUAGAACAAUCUUUCAAUUAUGUUUCAGAUAUUAUUAUGCCUUGUCUUUUAUAUACACGUAUUUAUUAUACACGACAAAAACGAAGAAAACGAACGAAAAAAAAAGAUAAAAAUAUUUUGACAAAAAACAUAAAAAAAUAAUUUUGUAGUAUGUUUUUAGGUAAUAGAUUUUCCCAAAAUAAAAAUCAAUUAUUAAAAGCAAGCACGAAUGGGAGUGCACUGGAAAAAAUACAGUAGAGAUCUUUCUCCCCUAUUGAGCAUUGGCUAUAUACCUUGUAUACAGUGGAUUUUUGCCAGAAACGAACAUGUUCACAGUUUAAUAGUGAACUAAAAAUAUACACUUGAAACAAAAUUGACACAAUCCGCGGUGGUAAAUAGAACGACGUGAAAAAUUCAUGAACCACCCAAUUACACUAACACAAUAAAGAUCAAAUAUUAUGCUUCUUCACUUGACAAACACGAAACAACAUAAGCCAAAUAGAAGUAUAUAUAUACAUUUCAUGCUUUUAAAGUUGCAACUUUAGAUCUUUGGACAUUGAUUUAACUUUUGACACCGGGGACCCUAGUCACACAGUUGUCUUACUUACAUUACUUGUCAGUCAUUUCACGCAUUAACAGAUAUAGUAAUGAGCGUCGCAUCAGUUUUGGCGUCUGCUCACGUGGCAAGGUGACUGUAAGAAUAGGGUCCACAAAGCCUGAUUGUCGUUGUUGAAGGACGGAAAUUGUUUUGUCCAUGAUAUGCUUAAGCUGAUUGGAGUAAUCUUUCUCACACGUUUAAGCUUUCCGAUGAAACAACAACAACAACCACGCAUGUCACUGAUAUGGGAAACAAGUCCAGUAGUGAGCAUAUUUUCAAGACAGAUGGAAUAAGGUUAUAAUCAAAGUUUUACAAAAUAUUAUAUACAGUUAUGUAGCAGUUUUAAAAUGGUCGAACUGAAAAUAAUUCAAACUCCAAGGCAAGUAAAUCCUGUUUGACAAAAAAACGUAGUUGGUGAAAUUGUAUGAAACACACACACCUAUUGUUCGGCGGAUAAUUUUACUAAUUAGAUGGAAAGCAAACAAAAGAAACUUAUCAAACGAGUAUAAAUUUAUAGUAAUGUUCGAACGUGUUGAUGUAGCAUAAAAAAUCACAAAUAUUGAGCCACUUAAAAAGUAAAAUUAUAGAAUCUACAAAUUCAACCUCGAUACAAAUAAUAUAAUCAGACUACCUAAAUUGGAAUAAAAACCAGGAAAGCAAUAUUUUAUUGAUAAAAUUUACUACAUAUUAUUUUAUCUCGACAAAAAAAAAGUUGACUUGUUCGACAUUCAAAGCCACAGAAAAACGUUGAUUCAGUCUAACGAUUGAAAAUCGAUGGGAAGUAAAAAUCAAUCAAUAAUAGAGCAUCAGCAACAUUGAAGGCAGCAACCAAUUGAUUUCACAGCUCCUAUGUUCAUGAACAGUGCAGACAGGUUCAUUCAUUGCGCGAAAAAUUGAACACAUUUUUUACGAAUGGUUUCCUCGAAAGAUUUGUAACCAAACGAAAAUGAUAUACCGUGCAUAAAUCUUCUAAAUGUUCAUCGAUUUCAAGUUCGAUAGAGAGAAAUUAACCUACAUUAUGUAACUAAUAAAACAAACAACAAUCCUAAAACUUGAAUACAACGUUUGUGGCAACUGCAAUCGAUAUAUAGAACGAACUGAUUAUUCCUGCUGUAAGUUAAUGUUCUAAACUGUACAAUAAUUCGCGCAUAGAUUUGUACAAGUCGAUGCGAAUAAAGCCGACUAGUUAGUGUGACCAACCUACAUUCCCCCUAUACUCAAACCAACUUGAAAAAGGAAGAAAGAAAAAAAAUCAACACAUUAAGACCAUGCAUGGUUGUGAAAUAUUUUAUAUCAUUAUUCCUCUUAAUUUCAUAUGAUUUCUGGCAUCAUUCCAGAAGCCAUUUUGGUCAAAUUAUACACACGUUAAUCAUUUACAAUACGUGACCGUUAAACCGUUUCGCAAUUUUGAAAGAACUACUUAUAUAGUGAAAAUUAAAGAGAGCUUACAAGAAAAAAAAACUAAAUUUAGACACAAAAAUCAUGUUAUUUAUAAUAUUUCGCGCACUUUUGCUGCUAGCCUAAGUUGAAGCGUUCAAAACGUCCACUUAUUCUAUUUUUCGUUUAUGCGAACGAAGUUUAACCAUAGUAAAUAAAGUUGCUUGUUGCAAUCAAGUCAGAAUUUCCAUUUACACAUGUAUUCCAAUGUUUCUCCACCAUUGGUUUUGCAGUCCACUCCCGGUAGUUUAGUACAAUGUAACAUAGGCUUGCUGCCGAUUAAAAUUACCGUAAUAUAGACGACCAGCCGAAUCCAGUGGGAAACAUAGAAAUAGCCAAUGGAAAAAAUGUCAGACAAUAUUUAUACUAUAUUUUGAAUUUUGGCCAAAAGAUUUCUUUUCUUAUUAAUAUAAUUUUGGAACAUGUUUAUAUAACAACAAAAACAAGGAACAUAAUAUUAAAUACCAAAAUUCAAGCCUUAUGAGAAUCGUUUUUCGAAUAAAUAUUACCUACUUCCAAUCUGUACUAAUACAUGUUAUUGAAUGUAUUUCAAGCACAUGUUCAAAUGUGUGUAUGAAACGACUUCAUAAACGUUUAUCGAUUUCUCUAAGUCAUAAAAAUAUGCAUACAUAUACAACACACUUACACAGAAAUAUACACCCUGACGACAUGAUCCAGCACUUUUCUCUGUCAUCUCCGUUUGAAUAGUAUUAUGAAGUUGGAGCGAUGUACAUUAAACAAAUCGCAUUUGUCAAAGCUAAACUGGAUGGAAAAAAUGGUGGUUACCCAGUAUCUCAACCAUUAAAAAAAGUAUUAAUGCGGCAAAAUAUAAAAGUAAAGUUACAUAUCACAGAAUGAGCAAAGUUACGGUAAACAUCCGAAAGAAAUCCUACAUUAUGUACUUUUAUCUACUCUAAAAUAUUUGUGGAGACAAAAGAACAAAUACACAGAAUCACCGGAGAAUGGCAAACCAACAUGAUAAUAAUUUUUGGCGUUGUACACAUAUAUAAUAAACACAAAAAAAAGAUAUUUAAUAUUUAUCCAGCAACAAAAAAUCCUAUCCAUUCAAAAUCAUCUCAAUAUUGAGAGUUAAUACAAAAAAAACUACUACUAGUGUUAAUUUUUGCACAAUAUUUACAAACCAAAUGUAAACAUUACAAUUUUAGAAGGAAUUACGACAAAUAUUAAAACAAGAACUAUUUUUUGAAACAAUUAUAAACAAAAAAAAGUAACGAGCAAGAGUUUUAAAUUUACAGUAUGAUACAUAGAUCAAUUAUUAUUAUGACUACAUUUUAUUAUAUUGUGUUGAAAUGGUUCCUGUUUCCAAUACUGAUAAAGAGCAAAUGGAAAUACGAACAUCUGCAGAACAGUUCACUACAACUACUAACACGUAUUUUAAACAAUUUACCACAAACAUACAAUUAAGAACAAACAAUAAGAAGUCGAUAGAAGAAAAUAAACCAAUUUCCGAGCAGUAGUUUAUCUAGCAGGCUGUAGUGUACUAGAACUAUCUAGAGUGUGAGUGUGAAAUAACAAAAGCAAAUGAAUCUACUAUGUUACCAAGUUUAGUAGAUAUUUUUUGUUUCUAGCAAUUGCUGUUGGUUCGAUUAGGAAUUGUUUCGUACUCCGAAUAGAAAUGUACAGUAAAGUUCGCCAUUUUCAGCGCCACAGAAUUUGUGAUUUUGGUCAAAAUUUUGUUUUGAACGAUUCAUUUAGCACAGGUCAUUAAUGGUCAAAACUAACCACAAGAUGCCAACAAUAAACAUUGUUGUGAAAUCAGUUUUUAUGUAAUAUAUCAAUAUGUUUACAAUUUAUUGUAUUAACAGUAUAAUUCCAAGAUAAAUAAUACAAGGAGGGCUUUAUUGUUAACGUCUAUUCGGUACGAGGUUGAAUUGAUAUCGUCAAGGUAAAUAUUAAAAUGUGACACACCACAUUUACGUUCAAUCGGCAAAAAUUUGGAACAUCACUGAAAAGAUUUCAACAACUGAAUAUCCCCAAAGUCGUAUUCUAUAGGCGAUAAAUGGCAAAUAUCACUACCAUAAUUUGAGAAACGUAGCUUAUGUGACAAAUUAUAGACUAGUGAUUGUUUUAUGAUAAAUGUUUAUUUUUCAACAAUUAAAAAAACCACCAUUCUAAGCGCAUGCUCAAUAUUCUUGUACAAUUCUCUGAAAAAUACUUUUACGUACAGAUUUCAAUGGUGUACGAAUAAAAGCAGAUUUUUACUAACCACACUUAAAAUGGAAAAUGGCUCUGAUUGGUAAUUCAAAUCAAUUGCGAAGCUGUAAAACUGAGCGUAUCUAGAAUUAUAGGUGUGAUUCAGGAAUUGGAAGAAAUUCAAAAUAACUUCUGAUUAUUUCUAAUUAAUGAAACAGCUUAAUUUGAAGAAUUCUUCUCAAAAUGAGACUGAUAAAAGCAUGUACAAGAUCACCAACCGAUACGUUGCACAUUGCAAGUACGAAUAUAAUUGCAUACAAUAGGACUAUUCGUCCGAUACAAGACAAAUCGGUACCAACUUGUGAUUAGGGCAUAUCGUAAGAUAAGCCCUUGUGAAUGUAAUAAAAUAAAAUUCUUUUUGUUCAGUUCUAUAAUUUAUAACUUUAAUGUACACAAUAAUCAACAUGAUCUCGUAGACGAAACCAUAAUCGUCGAAAUUAUACAGAAUAUGCUGGAAUAUAAUGCUUGAAGUCCGAAAAAUGAAUUUCUAUAGCAUUCACAAGGGCCUAUAUAAGCAUACGAUAGGCCCUAAUUGCAUGGUACCGAAAUAUAAAUUGAGAUGAACAGUGUAUAUGUUCUUGGUUCGCGUGCAUGAUUUUUUCGAAUAUUUGCACGAAAACGACAUAUAUUAUCAAAUAUUGCGCUCGUAUGAUUACGUGUUAAUAAUGAAAUAUUUAAAUUUUCAUAAGGGUAACAGGUUAGUAAUGUUUAGUAGACAAAAUCGAUCAUAAAUUGUUUAAAAUUUCAGUUUCCUUUUCUAUCUCAAUAUCGUGGAAUACCCCAAGUGGGUGUUAAUUGUCAUUUUGGAUGUAAUUAAUAUUUUUGUUUGAAGAAUUACGCGAUUCAAUGAAUAGUUAAGAAGUUACGACAUUGAAUAAUAAAUUACUUAAAAGGGCAUUUACGCAGCAUGUCUAAUCCAUCACAAACUGUUCUGUUCGUGUCGUGACAUGCGGAACGCACCUGUGGCUAUUGAACUGUCCACUUCAAACAUAUGUGCUUCCAUGCAUGAUAUGCUGGUCGUCUCUCAGAAAUUCGAGCAGUUUUGAUACUAGUUCCACGAUUCUCCUCCUAUGUGAUUUUGGUUUGACUGCUUGGUUUAUUGUUAACCCGAAUAAAAAGGAAAGGGACAUAAAU